CAAAGAUGGCGGACUGAAAACGUUUUAAAUUAAAUGCUUCGUAGCAAAUACCUCAACAAGUCGUCUUUUUUUUUUAAAUCUAGGAAACGGAAAUUGAAGUUUGGAGCGACGGAAUGUUAUCUGACGUCAAAAUUCAAACCUUGUUAGAACCUUGGGCGAUCACUGCUAUGCUAAGAUGUCGAGGCCUGAACACUGAAGAGAAUUAACGCCAUCAACAAAGAAAGAGACAAAAACUGCUGAUAACGACCAGCGAGUUGAAGUUUUACAACAACAUUUAGGGGGCUUAUUCUAUGCCCUUAUACGUGCGUUGGCUAUGGAGCAACUUAAACAAAAGAGCGCCAAGAUUUUAGCUUAAAGAAGGCAGUUGAGUUCAAAUCAGAAGGGAUGGAAGAACGCAAAAGUCCAAUGAAGAAACUGGACAAACAAAAGAACCGCUUUUUCACAGAGAAUAACGACUUAAAAGAAGUGACUGUGGGGAUGAGUAAGAAUUCUGCAGUGUGUUUAGAAAAGAAGAACAUCCUGCUUGCUGGACCACCUUCCUACAAUAACAUGCAGAGGAUUGGAGACGUCCAACAGCUGAUUGGUCACCCAGAUGAACUUCCCCCUCAGGCCAGGGGAGGUACCUCCACUUUAAAACAAGAGGCUCCACAGUCACCCCAUGUUAAAGAAGAGGAGGACAUCUGGAUCACUCAGGAGGGAGAAUGUCUUCCAGGGCCGGUGGAAGCUGAUCCCACUCAGUUGCCACUGAAUGUCGUCUGUGUGAAGAUUGAAGAUGAUGAAGUCAAACCACAAGUGGACAACCUCUUAGCGCCACUAUCAGAUAGUGAGGCUGAAGAUAGGAUUGAAGAAGCUGUGAGCAGCGAUACAGACUGUGAAGGUGAAAUGAAGAGUCACACUGACAACAAACACUCUAAAUGUUCUAAAAAGAAGACUGAUAAAAAACAUUUGAGCUGCUCAAUCUGUGCUAAAACAUUUACUUUUAAGAGUAAUUUGACUCAACACAUGAAAACACACACAGGAGAUAAGACAUUUAUUUGUUCUGUUUGUGGUAAAAACUUUAGUCUUAAGUGCAAUUUGACUCAACACAUGAGAUUACACACUGGAGAAAAACCAUUUAGUUGUUCAGUUUGUGGUAAAAGUUUUCCUCAAAAGAGACAGUUGACUGAACACGUGAGAACGCACACGGGAGAAAAGCCAUGUAAUUGUACGGUUUGUGGGAAAAGCUUUUCUCAAAACUGCAAUUUGAUUAAACACAUGAGAACGCACACAGGAGAAAAACCAUUUAAUUGUUUAGUUUGUGGUAAAAGCUUUUCUCAAAAGAACAAUUUGUCUGAACACAUGAAAACGCACACAGGAGAAAAACCAUUCAAAUGUUCAGUUUGUGGUAAAGGCUUUACUCUAAAGCAACCUUUGACUGUUCACAUGAGAACACACACCGGACAAAAACCGUUUAAUUGUUCAGUUUGCAGUAAAAGCUUUUUUUCAAGACCAGGUUUGACCCAUCACAUAAUGAAACACACGGAGAAAAAAAAAAUCAGUUUGUGGUAAAAUCUUUUUUGAAAGGAACAUUUUGUUUUAUCACAGGAGGAAAAACUAUAUUAAUCGAUUAAUUGUAUAGCCCUAAUAGAAGUGUACAUCAAUGACCAUAAAAUAGUGUUUUUUUAGUUGUUGUGACGUUGUUGUAUAAUAGUGUUGUAUAUACACACAAAGUGUAAGUUACAAGAUAUCCUCUUUUUCAACCUACAGAUACAACGCACUGCACUGAGACACACAUAGCAUUAAGAAGACAAUGACUAUUAUGUCUUUUGAGACUUUUAAAAAAAAUAUUUAUUUGUAAAUAUCUGCUUAAAAGCUGCUGUGCAAAAUAAGAACACCUUAAAAGUGGCCUUCAUUCUGUCAGAGGAUAAACACAAUGCAUAUACCCUGUGGUUUUAUCUACGCACGCACACACAUAUAUCAUUAUUAAUGAUGUCUUAAGGUACAGGCCUGUAGAGAAAGUGAUGGAGGAAAAUGUGUGUGUGCCAAGCACACAAGUUAAAGUAAGUUUCACUUUCAGUUUUAAGUUACGCUAAAGGUGGUGGGGCGACUAAGAAGGACAAAAGGAGAUGAAGAAUGUAGCCAUCUUUACAGAGACUGCUUCGACCUCCUGACAGGAUUGUUCGCUCUCUCUCCAGUUCUGGUAUCUCUGUUG